AUGCCGUACGAAAUUGAUUCAAGAACCGGAUUGAUACAUCAAGUUGAGAUAGAAUCGAGCCACAACAAUGACAUAUACUCCGGAUUCGUCUAUCCAAAUAACGAUAUGGAUUCGACAUUGCAGGACCGAGAUUCAUUUUCACGGAAGCUAAUGUCUCUAAUCUAUAACGAUUUUCAAAAAGAUGACCAAGAAAUUCCGGAUAGAAAAGUAUUGAGCCCUGCAGCUGUCGACCUUAAUGAAUCGCUCCUGCUUUCGCCACAAGAAGGAAAUAACACAAACUCCACCGAGUUUGGAUGCUCCAACCUAGUUGAACGGGAAUACACGUGGCUUCGAAAAGUUUUUUUAGAUAUCCAAGCAGAAAUCGAUCAAAACUGGCCCAUGCUUAAUCAUAUCGCCAGCAUUUGCAAAGCGUCGAGAAUAUAUCAUUGCCAAAGCCCAAUAUGCCAGGAGCACCACAAGCAACUUGACGAUAUACUCCCUCCAUGCGACUGGCCGGCGUUCCGAGAAUGGAUAAUCGAAGUAUGUUCGUGCCAAAUUCAGGCACCAUACGCCGAAAGGCUUACACGUCCAUAUGUUCAUCUUUCAUGCGCAGUCCUAGCUAUGAACUGGUUCUUAGAAGGAAUAAAGUUGGUGAGAUAUACCAACGUAACGGCGAAAUAUAUCAACCUCAGUGGCGAGAAGAUACCGAUAAAUAUGUAUCCCAUAUGUGAGAUUAUCUAUUGGGGAGUUAGUUUUCAAAUCCACUCGGGAAAUAGGAUGUUUGGAUAUCUUGAGUGGGGAAACACUAUGAUACCACAUGGUGUAGUUGCUCCCGCUUUGAUAGAGUCGACGAAUAAAGCACGCGAGCGUGGUAUCUGCCUGAAUCGACUCUGGAACGUUUCUUUGAUUAGUGAUAGAGGCGAGCAUGACUUGCCUGCGAUCAUGAGCCUUGCUGCACGAUAUCCAAAGUUUCGACACAAGAGCCACGAAUCCUGCACGGCUGGGUUCUGCGGGUUUAAUACCGUCGAUGCCACAUAUAUUCGGCAACUCCAUGUAUGCGAGGGGGGCGUAGUAGGUCAUUGCCGAGAGAAUAGGUUGUUCUUUGAUCCGGAACUGCUCAAAAUAUCGAUGGCAAAUGACGGCGGAACUGCCUGGUCCAUCAACGAACCUUUAGAAGUUCUAGGUCGACACGCCGAAUACGCUACCAUUUCUCAUGUAUGGUCGGACGGAACUGGGGUCGGAAUAGAGCCACCCGGUUACAUAAAUCGGUGCCUUUUCGAACACUUCGCGAAAUUAGUCAGGCUUGCGGGCUGCAAUGCAAUUUGGUGGGAUUCGAUAUCUAUUCCAUCAGACCCAGUACUAAGAAAGGAAGCGAUCAAUAAUAUGCAUAACAACUAUUUUAACUCGAAAUGCACAAUAGUACACGACAAAUAUCUAGCGGAUUUCGACUGGGCUGAGGAUGGAAGUCCAGCGCUAGCGUUGAUAUUUUCUCCAUGGUUUACUCGUGGGUGGACAGCAGUAGAAUGUAACAUGGCCAGACGAAUCAAAGUCGUCUACAAGAAACCAGGAUCUAACGAACCCAUCAUCAAAGACCUCGACAAUGAUAUUCUAGCUAAGGACCCCACACGCUGUUCGCGGGCUCAUUGGAUCGCGUCUAAUAUUAUCCGCCGUCUUCGUGCGCCAAUUGAAAGUGUUAGUAAUCUCCUCGCCAUUCUCAAACCUCGGAGCACCUCACAGCCCCGCGAUAAAAUGAUGAUUGCGGGACUAUUGGCCGGUAUUGAAGUCAGUUACUCAAUGACGCCGGCGAAUAUCACGAAAGCAAUAUUCGAAAAGAUUAAACACAUCGCUCACUCAAGUCUUCUACAUCAAGAAACAUCAAUAUCUGAGUCUGGAGGGUGGUCAUGGUGUCCCGAUCAUCUUUACGAUCUACCAGCAUCACCACCUGGUGAAUUCAGGAGGCUCAUGAUGACUGGAAGAUCUUGCAUCAUUGAUAAAAAUGGCACAAUACUUGGCGAAUUUCCUGCCAGAAGAGUAAAUCGGGAUGACUUCUUGCAUCGCCGGGUCGUCCCUACAUCGUCCCAUCCGUUCGUUAGUUCCCGAAUUAAAGCUGCCCUUGAAAAUUGGCAGAACUGUUUAUUGAUUGGACACUACCCGGGGCCAUACAUACUGGUGGAGACUGAAUUACCAAACGAUGGAUUCUACUCCAGACCAAACUACCUUCCAUCGACGAACGAAGCCCUUUGCUGUAGGUACUUGGGUACUGUCAACGCCGUUGGGGACGAAGACAUGUAUUCGAACCAAGUAUACGAUGCCUUGGUUUACCAUCCGAUUAUUAUAGGCCGCGAGCCGUAUAUGACCUUUGGAUUCAAGACGUUCUUGAAAUUUCCUACACAGCAGGAGUUGGUUUAUAUGCCUGGAAUGAAAGUUGCUCCGGCUCUCAAAUGGGCUUUCUCCUUCAAUCAUGUUUGGAUGGGAGAUAAUCCUAUCUACGGAGAUUUGUUAGUUUUACAGAGAGCCAAGGUCCCCCAUCCGACAUUUGGGGCACAACAUAUGGUUUGGAGUUAUUCGGUGCAUAACCUUGAAGUCAAGGAGACUUCUACAGAGAUUUUUGAGAUAUCUAUCAAAGAAGAUCCAUGUUUUACUUUAACCCCUGGCAAAUACAUCGACAAAGUAUCGAAAUGGUGGUCCGAGGAGACACCAAACUUCAGUUACGUCGACAUUGCACAAUAUUGGCCAGCUCUGGGCAUACGAUCUAAUGAAAGGGCGAUGAGACCUAAUUUUACCCGAGAUGUACGAAGCCAGGGAGAUGCAAUUCCAUCGGAGAAUUUGUUCCGAUUAGACUUCUUAUCAAGAACGAUCACCUACGCUGCUAUCGAUAACUCAUUAACAGACCCUUCUAACCCCCAAUCCCUCUCCGGAGUAUGGGCAUGCAUAUAUCCUGAUGGAAAGUACGAAUUUCAUCUUUUCGAUCAAUCCAAAAAAGAUGACUUGAGUGUCACCAAAAUCACAAGCAUUACCAGGAAUGUUCCUCGAGGUUAUAGGGUUUUGGACUCAGCUAGUGAUCUUCUACCAGGAUCACCUGACCUAAAACUCGGGAAGGUUAGACAAAUGUUUUGCACUCACCCCAAAGACUCUAUGAAUAUUGUCGACGAUACAUGGAUAUAUGUCGGGAUUAUGGUUCGGGAUUUGGAUACAAUCGAUCUAUGCGAAGUUCGGGGACUGAGGAAUGUCGCUGGCCCAGAAUAUUUUUGGAAAUAUAGACGUGUUCCCAAGGCACUUCUAUUUGGUGGGCGUCCUUUCUAUAUGAACACUCCGGUUGAGGCUGUUGAAUCACCGGUUCCAAGCUGGCCGUGGCGAAGUAUCAAUUGGUUGGGCUUUUUACUAAGGAACUUAAUUCGUAAUUAA